UUGCAUCGCCUGACAGUGCAGCUGGCUCGUUGGGGACUGGAGGUUAAUGGCAUCACGCCGAUUCCGGAAGACCAGAGGACGGACCGAAAGCUAUAUCAGUUUUUCUUCGUCUGGUUCUCGGCGAACGCAAAUAUCUUGACAUUAAGUGCGGGAACAGUCGGCCCAGCAUUUUUUAAUCUGGGCAUCCUUGAUUCGUUCUUCGUAAUUGUCGUCGUCGACGUUCUUACUUGCCCAUUCCCGGCGAUGUUUGCGACAUUCGGCCCCAAGCUUGGCACACGGUCGAUGGUGCAGGCUCGGUUCUCGUGGGGUUACUACGGCGCUAUCAUCCCAAGUAUACUCAACGUGCUGUCGAUGCAGGGUUACCUGAUCGUGAACACCAUCAUCGGCGGUCAGACCCUUGCGGAGGUGUCAGAUCACCUGGACGCAACUCUGGGCAUCAUAGUCAUCGCCCUCAUAUCCCUCAUAGUACGCUUGUCAUCACUCACGGCGAGCAAUAGGUAUGCGCUGCUCAUCUGGAUUCCCAACAUCGUCGCCUUUGUCGUGAUGCUCGCUGCUGGGGGUAUGCAACUGCGGGAAGCUCCAUUGACAAGUGUCACACCUGCUUCCGCAGCGACUCUAAUGACGUUUGGUGCAUCCCUAGCCGCCACGGUCGUGAGCUGGUCGACACUGACCCCGGACUACGGGGUGUAUCAUGACAGGAAAGCCUCGACAUGGCGGCUAUUUUUCUACGCUUACCUGGGCUUCAUCAUUUCCAGCCUGCCCGCGCACAUGCUCGGAGCGGCAUUCGCAGCAGCCUCGCAAUCCGUACCCGCAUGGAGCUCGGGACUAGGCGAUGGUAACGACGUGGGCGGCCUGAUUGCAGCGGUCCUUGCACCGACAGGAAAGUUCGGCAAGUUCCUGCUCGUUUGGCUCAGCCUGACCGCGCCCAGCGCCUGUGCGCCGUCGAUGUACACGGCGUGCACGAGUUUCAUGACCAUACAUCGUGCAUUUGCGAGGCUGCCACGUUUCGUGGUCGCAGUGAUCUCUACGGCAAUCUUGAUCCCGGUCGCCAUAGUCGGCGCUGGACGUUUCUACGAGACAUUCGAGACAAUCCUGGCGCUUAUUGGGUAUUGGAUCGCGCCCUUCUGCGCCGUCGUCCUCACGGAACACUUCCUAAUCCGACGUACGUUCGCAGCGUACAACGUCCCUAGCGCCUGGGACAACCCGCGCCACCCGAACCUGCCUACGCCGUACCCCGCGCUGUGCGCCUUUGCGGUGUCUAUAGCGUUCAUCGUGCUGUGUAUGCAGCAACAGUGGUGGACGGGCCCGGUAGCGCGGCAAGGGACCGGCGACCUUGGGAUGUUACUCGGCUUUGUGACCAGCGUACCUGUGUAUGCUGGCGCUAGG